GAGGGGGUGUUGCUGGAGUCCUGCACAAGUAUUUCUCUGUGAAGACCUCUGUGCUUUAAUUUGGGAAGAUACUAAAACAGUCCAAGAAAUCUCAGACCAUUUCAAGGGAGUGGUGUGUGCUUGUUGAAGAUGGUGGUAUUUACAGAGAAUCUUCAUGGAUUCUAAUGCUGGCAUCAGUGCAAGAAGAGUGUCGGGAAUGGGUUGGCUCUGGAUGGUCUUCUUCUUUCAUCUAGUCACCUCAUUAGAAGAAAUACUUCUGGACACAACUCAAGAGACCUCGGAGAUAGGCUGGACUGCACACCCUUCUGAUGGGUGGGAUGAGGUAAGUGUCCUGGAUGACAAGAAGCGCCUGAUCCGAACCUUUCAAGUGUGCAACGUGGCUGAACCAGGUCAGAACAACUGGCUGCGCACUCACUUCAUAGAGCGGCGCGGAGCCCACCGCGUCCACGUCCGCCUCCGCUUCUCAGUGAGGGACUGUGCCAGCAUGCGCACCGUGGCCUCCUCCUGCAAGGAGACUUUCACGCUCUACUACCACCAGUCGGAGGCUGACAUAGCCUCUCAGGACAUGCCAGAGUGGCGCGAGGGCCCCUGGACCAAAGUGGACACUAUUGCAGCUGAUGAAAGCUUUUCCCAGGUGGACAGCACUGGGAAGGUGGUCAAGAUGAAUGUUAAAGUACGUAGCUUUGGGCCGCUCACCAAGCAGGGCUUCUACCUGGCCUUCCAGGAUUCAGGAGCCUGCAUGUCCUUGGUGGCAGUCCAAGUCUUUUUCUACAAGUGCCCAGCUGUGGUGAAAGGAUUUGCCUCCUUUCCUGAAACGUUUGCUGGCGGGGAGAGGACGUCGCUGGUGGAGUCCCCGGGGACGUGUGUGCCCAACGCUGAAGAGACGAGCACGACGGGCUCCUCGAGCGUUCGGCUGCACUGCAAUGGGGAAGGGGAGUGGAUGGUGGCCAUUGGACGGUGUACCUGCAAGGCUGGCUACCAGCCUGUGGACGAUGAACGAGCCUGCCAAGCCUGUGCCCCUGGUUUCUUCAAAGCAUCUGUAGGAGAUGACCCCUGCCACCUGUGCCCUGCCCACAGCCACGCUCCACUGCCAGGUUCCCAGGAAUGUGUGUGUCAGAACCGGUACUACCGAUCUGCUUCAGACAAUUCUGAUGCUCCCUGCACUGGCAUCCCCUCUGCUCCUCGUGACCUCAGCUAUGAAAUCGUUGGUUCCAACGUGCUGCUGACCUGGCGCCUCCCGAAGGACCUGGGUGGCCGCAAGGACGUUUUCUUCAACGUGAUCUGCAAGGUGUGCCCGGCGGGGUCAGCGGGGCCGUGCGUGCGCUGCGGGGACAGCGUCCAGUUCGAGCCGCGCCAGGUGGGGCUGACCGAGAGCCGCGUGCAGGUCUCCAACCUCCUGGCCCGUGUGCACUACACCUUCGAGAUCCAGGCCGUCAACUUGGUGACGGAGCUGAGCUCAGAAGCACCCCACUUUGCCACCAUCAAUGUUAGCACCAGCCAGUCAGUCCCCUCUGCUGUGCCUAUGAUGCAUCAGGUGAGUCGUACUACCAAUAGCAUCACUCUGUCGUGGCCUCAGCCAGACCAGCCCAAUGGGAUCAUCCUGGAUUACCAGCUACGCUACUUUGACAAGGCAGAGGAUGAGGAUAAUUCAUUGACCUUAACUAGUGAGACCAACAUGGCCACGAUAUCAAGUCUGAGCCCAGGCAAGAUCUACGCCUUCCAAGUGCGCGCUAGGACAGCAAUCGGCUACGGUCCUUACAGCGGGAAGAUGUAUUUCCAGACUUCAACGGGAGGGGAGCGCUCGGAGAUGGUGCAGGACCGACUGCCUCUGAUCGUGGGCUCAGCGCUCGGGGGCCUGGCCUUCUUGGUAAUUGCUGCCAUUGCCAUCCUUGCCAUCAUCUUCAAGAGUAAAAGGCGAGAGACUCCAUACACAGACCGCCUGCAGCAGUAUAUCGGUGCACGAGGACUUGGAGUGAAGUAUUACAUUGAUCCUUCAACCUAUGAAGAUCCCAAUGAAGCCAUUCGAGAAUUUGCCAAGGAGAUUGAUGUGUCGCUCAUCAAGAUUGAGGAGGUCAUUGGAUCAGGAGAGUUUGGAGAGGUGUGCUUUGGGCGCCUAAAACACCCAGGGAAGCGUGAAUACAUGGUGGCUAUUAAGACCUUGAAGUCCGGAUACACAGAGGAGCAGCGGCGGGAGUUCCUGAGUGAGGCCAGCAUCAUGGGGCAAUUUGAGCAUCCCAAUGUCAUCCACCUGGAGGGGGUGGUCACCAAGAGCCGACCAGUCAUGAUUGUCACAGAGUUCAUGGAGAAUGGAUCGCUGGAUUCCUUCCUCAGGCAGAAGGAAGGGCAGUUCAGCGUGCUGCAGCUGGUGGGAAUGCUGCGGGGGAUUGCAGCCGGCAUGCGCUACCUGUCAGACAUGAACUAUGUGCAUCGUGACCUGGCAGCACGAAACAUCUUGGUCAACAGCAACCUGGUGUGCAAGGUGUCAGACUUCGGGUUGUCCCGCUUCCUGGAGGAUGAUGCUUCCAAUCCCACCUACACUGGGGGUCUGGGCUGCAAAAUUCCCAUCCGCUGGACUGCCCCUGAAGCCAUCCAGUACCGCAAGUUCACCUCCUCCAGUGAUGUCUGGAGCUAUGGCAUUGUCAUGUGGGAGGUGAUGUCCUACGGUGAGAGGCCUUACUGGGACAUGUCCAAUCAGGAUGUAAUUAAUGCCAUUGACCAGGACUAUCGCCUGCCACCACCCCCAGACUGCCCUACUGUUUUGCACCUGCUGAUGCUUGACUGCUGGCAGAAGGAGCGGGUCCAGAGACCCAAAUUUGAGCAAAUAGUCAGUGCCCUGGAUAAAAUGAUUCGCAAGCCAUCAGCCCUCAAAGCCAUUGGCACUGGGACCAGCAGACCAUCUCAGCCUCUCCUGAGCAACUGUCCUCCAGAUUUCCCGUCCCUCAGCAAUGCCCACGAGUGGUUGGAUGCUAUCAAGAUGGGCCGCUACAAGGAGAAUUUUGACCAGGCCGGUCUGGCUACAUUUGAUGUUAUAUCACGCAUGACUCUGGAAGAUAUCCAGCGUAUUGGAAUCACCCUCGUUGGUCACCAGAAGAAGAUUCUGAACAGCAUCCAGCUCAUGCGAGUCCAUUUGAACCAACUUGAACCAGUUGAAGUGUGAUGUUUACAUCAUCCUCAUUCCACUAGUCUCAAACUCUGGAAAGGUUCUGGGGGAACUCAGAGGGAUUUUCAAUGUAAGAAAGAGAUGUCAGUAUGCUACUUAAAGACUUAAUGCACCCAGAGAGUGCACACUACAUGUCCUGUUCCAUGAACAAAAACAAAGCCUUGCUGUGAUUUGAAAGCAGAGCUAAAUGACUGAUGACAAUUACACGUGGCUGAUGUCACACAUUGGGAAUGGGCUUGGGGUGGGAAGGUUACAAUAACAUGGGGUGGAGAUGGAAUAACGGCUUGGACAGAUCACAAGCACCUGUUGCCUAUUGUCUGCCAACAAAAGGUAUCUGACAACUUUACAAAGUCAUCAGCAGGCUUUAUUUAUGGCUGAGAGCCCAGCAAAGCUGAAAAGACAUAAUAAAGGCAACAAAAAAUUAGCAUUUUUUUCAGAAGAAUGCCAUCACGGUGUGAGAGAUUAUUCCUCAGAUGGAGAUGAGCAUCAGGCUAUCACUUGGUGUGCCAGCCGAGCUUGGAACUGAAGUUCCAGCUAGUGCACAGUAUGUGGUAAGCAAAAACAGAUGUCACCUGGUAAGCUGGUUCAGAGUAAAGGGUUCAAAAUUCAGUGCUAUUUCGUGUGCAGUUCUUGGGUCUGCUCCAUGAUGGGAAUUGCUAAUCUUAUGUGCUGUUGUGAGGAACAGUCCAUCUCUAUUUAUGGGACUGCAACAGAAUUAAUAAAUAACAAUUCUUAGAAUCCAUCCUGCAAGACCUGCAAGUGAAGGGGAAACAAAUAAGUUCUGGUUCUCAAAAACCCAUUCUUGUGAGGAAAGGCUUAACCUGUGAUACUCCAGAUUCUGAGUGAUACUGAUUCUGUGACACUGAGAUUCUGAGUACCCAGAUCUUGGGUUUCAUUUUCUUCUGAACCCCUUACAAUACAAAGCAGAAUGAAAAAAAUCUGAAACCUUUGCUGCUGAAAAAUACUUGCUUUUUCUCACCCUAGCCAUUAGGCACAGUUGUUUGAAUAUUGUUUUUGAAGAAAAUGUAGACAUGCAGUAGUCAGCUUCAAGCAGACAGCUAGAAUGAGUGAGCUGAAACUCUUUCACAAGUUUCUGUCAAGAGUGAUCAGGGAGUGGUCCCAGUCCUGUAAGUCACUUCAGUCCGUAAGAAAGGGCUAACAAUGUUCUUGGGAUCAUCAGUGUUGUUUGGUACAGGCACAUGAGAGUGACCAGGAUGGCAGAGCUUUGGGACUGUAUCUCUCUAUAAAUCUAUGAAGUUGAGCUUGAGAGGAAAACUCAUGAACUAUACACUUGUCUACCUCAUCAACAUAUAGGAAAGGAAAUGGAAAUGGCCCAGUAAACAAGACCCCAAUUAUGAUACCCUCUAUGUAUGUCUAGAGGGGAAAUAACCCCAGCUGUUCUGAUCUGUGCUCAUCUGUUGGCUUACUGUGAACUAAACAUGAACCUCGUGUAUUUCUCCAGCUGUCAAGGUUGGAACAUCACAACUUCUUCACAUUCUACUCCUGUAUGUAUUUAAAGAUUCCCUCAGCAAACCUAACAGUUGAAGACAAGCUACGUUUAGGAGUGACUCAAGAGCCCAAUGUUUUGAUGGGAGAUGCUCCAGAAUAGUUGCACUGGAAUAGCCAAUGCAGUUAAGACUCUUUGUUGCAGCAUUAGAGUAACAUUAUUUUUAUUUUUUUUUUAGCUGAAGAGGGAGAAUAGCAGUGCAUUUUCCAAUACAUUAAAAAGUCAAUACAAAAACAAUAAAAGGAAACAUGAAUAAAACAUUCAUGACAGUACAAAGUGAGUGUGAAGAUUAAAAAAAUCCCCAAAUCACAUCCAACUAGAGUCCAACCUAGAAAAUCUCAGUCUGUGCUUUUUAAGGGGUUUCUGGAAACUUGUAAUACUCACACAUCUAGUCACAUGUAUGCUGACUGACUGUCAGCUCCACCCACGGCAUCUGAGACAGAACAAGUGUUGUCCUCUUCAGAAAGCAUAUUGAGCACAAGAUGUUGAGGGGAAUCUGUGGUCUCUAGCACCUUCCAUAUAUAUUCACCCGAGGACAACAGUGCAUAUAUGCAUCUUCAUGUAUGAGUGUAUUCUAGAAGUUCUGUGUGCCAUUUGAGGAAACAAGGCAGCGUUUCUUUUCCAUGCCUUGAGUGGACAGGAUUACUGGAGAGAUUAGCAGUCUAGGUCAAAUUCUAUGGCCUCUUUUCAGCCUAGUAGAAACUUGAAUGCAGAAAAAACAUUUUCACUCUCCCUUCAUGCAAUAGGAGAUUAAAUGGGAGCCUUGCCUGAAUUCUGUUGUGUUGACAAUGACACUUAGAACUGCACAAGGAACAGGCUUGGCAUCACAUUUCAGUGCAAAUGGAUAACUAUUCUGUAAGAAGUGUCUCCAUUCUCUUUAUUCCCAGUGCGUUCCCAGCUUUCAGGUGGUUAUUCUCUUACGCAGUUUGGGAUGCAAAGGUUCUCAAGUUGGAAUGCAGCUUGUGUUAUUUGCCAUCAUGUCACUCCUUAGCUCUGCAAGCAUGGAGGACAGGAAGUCAUGGCAAAAGCAUUAGGAAUACCCUGAUUUUACUUUUCUCAAUCAUCUGAAACCAGAAAUUGUACAUUCUGUUUCUGCAGUUAUCUGGGAUGUUCUGCAAUAUAUGAGCACCCUCAACAGGUAGGCAUGAGAAUGAGGAGAGAAAGGAGUGGGCUCACCUAGGCACCUGAUGCCUGCCCUUCACCAGAAGAGUGAGAAACAAUGCCAAAAAAGUCUUACAGAGCUGUGUUCUCUGCCAGAGAAGCAAUGGGAGACUAACAAGUUAUUGCCCACCUUUACUCUAUGUGAUUCCUGUAACAGGCAGUGCACAAGAGUAAUGAAUAAACUAAAUGCACAGGGAUCAGUGGACAGACCUUCUUAAGGGUAUUAGGCAUUGGUAUGCAAGCUCGGAAGAGUCAUGCCUAUAGCUAGAAAGAAUAUAUUUCAGAGAUUAAUGUCUUUUGUGCUUGAACACCAACUUUUCACUGUCUGGAAACAGGAAGAAACUUCACCUUAAGGCAAGCUGUUUUGUAAUUAUUCCUGAUGAGGUUCCUUGAACCUGUCUUUUUGGUGUCUGUUGCUGGACAGCCUCCCAGACAGAUAAUUGGAUCUGCACCAGGAUGUCAGUUAAUAUUCUGUGCUGCCAGAGAGCACGUCGGGCAAGCAAGUUCCCACCUAUGCUGCUUUGGCAGCCAAGUGAAAUUCUCAGGCGGGAGUUACAUGCCUGUGCACUCCUGCCUCACUAAGCCAUGGCAUGUUUCUGCCAGAAGCAGGCCCUGCUCACCAGAGUGUUCAAAGACAAGCACGUAAGCUAAGACUUUUUCUUCCAUGCCUGAAAUUAUUUGAAGGAAAGGCUCAAUGACAGUAUGACUUACACAGUGAUUUCUGUGCUUUGCACACAAGUAGCUUCAAUGCGUGUGCGGGUUUCUUGUUUGUUAGUUUGUUUGUUUAAAAUUGAAGGGUGUAAUCUUAGUGCAUGCUUCAACAACACAGUGUUAGGGCUAAUUGAGUGAGCACAAGCUACUCAGUGGAGAGAAAUGCUGAUUGAGUCUGUUUGGCACAAAUAUAUUCAGCACCUAGGGCUAUCUAGAAAGAAAGAAGCUGCUGUAGCUAGUCCCAGACAAUUCAUAUGUUAUGAGGCUGAAUGAAAACCUGUGGGUGUGGUGGGAAAUGGUGAACACCACCAAGGAACUUGGCUUUACUAAACAAACAAGGUGUCCCUACCACUGAAUAUUCCUUGGUCCCGAUUGCAGCCAGCAAGUCUACCUGAGGGCUAUUCCAAGUGAAGGUAACCAGCUUGAAUCCAUCCUGCUUUGGGCACAUUUUCUGACCAGCUGGCUACACAGUUCUUCUUAAUGAAGAAUUCAUGACUUCUACAUGGAGUUCAUGUCUUCUACACCUAGAGAUGCAGCUAGGCAGUAGAUUUGGGUUCAGAACAAAAGUGAUAAAUUCUCUUCCUGAAACCAGGUGAUGCUAGGGGGGCAAUGCAAUCAGCUGAUCACAUGUGUUGAGUGUUAGCAGCAGAUCACGAGUACCAGGCAUCUGGAGGAUUGCAGAUCACACACAAAUUCAAAUCUUUGGAUAUCAUUAAAAGACAGCAUGGAAGAGCAAACCACAUUGCCCUACCUAAAAGCUAGUCUAAUCUUUCGCUCUUCAAAUCUGUAUGGAAAAAAUGGCACCUCUCAGAAUUUACAUUUUGUUGUGGCAUUCAAGGUCAUCAUUCAAGGUCAUGUGGCCUUUGUGUAAAGCUGUUCCACUUCAGUGUUGCUGAAAGGGCUGCGCUGAGCUAAUGAAAAGCCACUGUGCCUUCUAGACCUUGCAGAGAUGUAACUGGAACCUGUUCAAAGAGGAAUCGCUCCCCCUGGUGUGCUGAAAUACAGAACUGAAGCGUCCUGGUGUGCUCAAGUACAGAACUGCCCUCAAAAAGCCUUGGAGCUUAGCUAUUUCAUUUCCCUUUCCUGGGUGAUGAGAAAACUUUCUUCCUGAAAUAUUCUCAGUUGAAACAUGCAGAUUCAUGAAAAUAUACUGAGGUUUCCUUCUGUUUUUUUCCAUGACCUCUGUUCCUCGAACAGAGUAACAUGGUCUUUCACUCAAGUGCUGCAAGAGCAAGUCACUGGUGUGAGUGCAAUGGAUUGAAAUCUAUGCCCUAAAUAGUUAAUAGUUUGGCCUGUUAUUUAUGUGUCUCAUACAAAACCAAGUGUGCUUAGCUGACAGUGAUAAAGCUGUUUGCUUCUGAAAACUAAUUCCUUAAAUUCAGGCCAUGCUAAGUAAGGUUGGAUUUUUUCCAGUUUACAGUGACACAAGAAACUGCACAGGCUGCUGGCUACAACUGGAAUUUGAGUUAUAUCUUUGCAACUCUCAUCGAAUUUUGGACACUUUUAGCAAAUCUACUACUGCCUAUGCAUUUGGACGGCUGGAACAGAUUGAUCAUUUAUAAACAAUUCUGUUGCUGAGAUCAGACUCUUGCCCUCUUUGAACCAUACUAAUUCUGCAAAGUGAACAGGCAAUUAAAAAUAAGAAAAUCAGAUUUUUUUGAGAAGUCAGCUAGUUGGACAGAUAUGAAUGACAAGGCACUCUCUGAAAUAAGCUAUUUAAAAAUAGAUCUAUUCAUGUUGCUCUGCUAGAAAAGAGUAAUUAAAACGUGCCUUACUGUCUCUAAUAUUAAGGUAGAAGAGGGAACAUUGAUCUUUACCCUCCAGGACAGUACACUUCACCUCUUGACCCACUGUUGAAUUUAACUUAUAUUUGACUGAAGAAUUUUUGCUAGAAAGGUAUCUAAUCGUGGUUAAUUCAAGAAUAAUGAAUCUACAAAUCACCUUGGACUGUUUUUUCCCAUGGCUGUGAUAAUUUUUAAUUGCAGUUUGCCUGGCACUUUUUGUAUACUACCCAUUUUGGAUAAAGAGCUCUUUGUAAUCUGAUA